GAGAAAGGCUCCCAGCAGGUGGAGGAGAGUGAGGUGGCAGUUUCUCAUGCAUUGCUGAUUUUCUGACAGACCAUAAAUCAAAUUGCUUGGACUGCAAAAAAAAAAGAAAAAAGCGAAAGGGACUGUUUGAAGAAAAAACUCCCCCCCACUUUGUUUUUCAGCAAACUAUUCGUUCUCAAGAAAGGAGAGAAAAAAAGGCCGAGGUGAGCAGGAAACCAGACUGUGUGGCUGUGAUCUACAGAUGCAGGCCACCACAGCCAUCACAUGACGUGGAUUUCCGCCUGACACAGUGUGCUCUCGGCUGCACGGCGCACAACAAUCAUUCCAAGAGCUGCUGCAGCAGGACGUGAUGACGCUUUGAGGACCAGUCUACCGUGCAGCACACUAUGAAUUUCAAUGGACUUCAACGCCAGGGCAGCCAGGAGAAUUACAUUCUGGAUAAUACUCUGAAGAAGAAAUGCUCCCUUUGGUACCGACGCUCACUGAAGGGAAACAGCGGUCGACAGCGGCACAACACGGGCUCUCUGCCCGCAGUAUGCAAGUCAAAACAAACCCGCUCACUGGUCGACUACUCCGACCCACAAAGGACCACGAUUGUACUGGAAAAACAAGACAAUGAAACAUUUGGUUUUGAAAUUCAGACCUACGGCCUGCAGCUGAACGAGAGCUCUGCAGUGGAGAUGUGCACGUUCGUGCGCAAAGUGCUGGAGGACAGCGCAGCUGAGAACGCCGGCCUGACCGCAGGAGAUAUAAUCGUCACCAUCAAUGAGGUCAGCAUUGAAGGAUCAUCUCAUCAGCACAUACUGGAACUCAUAAGAGAUUCAACCAACAGUCUAACAAUGGAGACCGUGUGCGGGAACAUAAUGAAGCAGAUCGAGCUGGAGAAGAGGGUCCGCCAGCUCAAGCAAACGCUGCGUGAGAAACUGGUGGAGCUGCAGGCCCUCACUCUACAGGAAACACGCUUAGUACGAGGUAACUUGAACGACAUCGCGGGGGGUCCCCUCGGCGGCUCGGAGCCCCCCGACGGCCGCCGCGGCCGGCGCUUUUCCAGCGACGGCAGCUCCAGGAGCACCGCGACGGAGGACAGCGUGUUCGGGGACAUGUGCUCCCCCAGCCCCCGCAGCGCGGCCAGCACCACGGACGGCGACGACGACGACGGCUGCUUCUUCUCCUCCAGAGAUUUCCCGUCGCGCCAAAACUCCCGGAGCUUCUCCGCCAGCUCCGGCCGACACCUGCGCUCCCUCGGCCGCAGCAGCGGCGGCUCCAGCUUGGCCGACAGCAGCGGGUCCCUGUCCCUGACCCUGUCCCCGUCUCCGUCCUGGGAGGAGGCGAGGAGGGUGUCCUCCUUGUUUGGUACCCUGCCCCGUAAGAGCAGGAGGACCAGCGUUCGCAAGCACAUCCUCAAGUUGAUCCCCGGACUGCAGCGGUCGGUGGAAGAGGAGGAGACGGGGGAGAUCGCUCAGUGACCCCGGGAGUCACUUUCAUGGACCCGAGAGAGGACAGACCGUUUGAGACUUGAGUGUUCUGGGCCUUGAAGCUGAGCCGCACUCAGUGGCUCAGACUUGUGGUGGCACAACAGCAUUAUGAAAUAUUCUUUGGUUUUAAUGAAUAUAUGCACACAUGUGAUGAUGUGAAUCAUGGAGAUUCUGGAUCUUAUGGUUUGAGUAACUGCAUUAAUCUAAACAAUCACUGUGGCCAUUGAUUUUUCAGGCCAGGUCGACGUUCAGAAAGGUUGUCUUCCUGUGUCGCGUUCAGGUGCCGAAAAACCUCCAAACCACCUGCUCUGUAUAGAUGCUCAGCUCAGCUCAAAACAGGAUGUGGGCACAAGGGGGGCUACUUGCCGUUAUCAUUUUCAACAGUACUUUAGGCUUUGUACAAUCGUGGGUGUUUGUGCAGAAACACUGAAACUGUUUCUGCACAAACAAAAAUGUGUGUAAAGAUUUGCUUCUAAUGGCAACUUUUUUACAGAAUGUUACGCUUUAUUUUUUGGUAUCACAUCAAGAAAAUAUGUAUGCAAAAGACGAGAAAAGGACAAUAAACUUGAAGUAUUACAAACCCA